GCUCUCCUUGCGGCAUCUGCGUGCACGUGCUUUUGCAAAUGCAUCGUGCUUACGAACUUCGUGUUUUCUGCAGACUACCCGUCCCUUAGUUACGGCGCUUCGCACCUGCCGAUCAAGAUAAACGACGCGAAUCAUGGCUCAUGUGGAGCGAAUGCGAACGCAUGUUCACCUGCGUGAACAUGACUUGCUUCACACUGAAACUGUUGACCAUUGCGGUGCCAGACCUGGCGUAGAUGACAGCUGGGAUUUCGAUAAGUUUGUUAAGAAGUUCCGUGUUGGAAUCAUCUCCUUGGACGACACGACCAUAGAGUUUGACUUGGUUGGCCUCAACCCGGCAAUUGCCAAUGCCAUUCGCAGGAUACUGCUCGCAGAGGUGCCGACAAUGGCGCCCGACAAAGUGUACCUGUACAACAACACGGGCAUCAUUCAGGACGAGGUGCUGGCCCACCGGAUUGGCCUGGUGCCUUUCAACAUUGAUCCCCGGAUGUUUGAAUACAGAGAAAGCGAAAGCGAUGGUUCUCCCGAGGACACAGUCGAGUUUGAGCUGAAAGUCAAGUGCACCAAAAAUCCGCAAGCUCCAAAGGAUGCGACCACACCCGACGAACUCUACAGGGAUCACCUCGUGUACACAAAGCACCUCACCUGGGUACCCCUUGGAUCGCAAGCAGAAAUUUUUGGGAACAAGCCACCGAAGCCCGUGCACGACGACAUCAUCCUAGCAAAGCUUAGACCUGGCCAGGAGAUUGACUUGAAGCUGCACUGCGUCAAAGGUACAGGCCAGGUUCAUGCGAAGUUCUCCCCUGUCGCCACGGCGUCUUACCGCCUCCUUCCGGAGAUACGACUUCUACGGCCAGUGCGGGAUGAACAGGCAGAGCGGCUUCAGGGCUGCUUCUCCAAAGGAGUCAUCGAGUUGGACGACGACACGGACGGUCACAAAGUGGCCAGGGUUGCCAACGCGAGGGCUGACACCUGCAGCCGCAACGUGUUUCGAUUCGACGACCUCAAGGAUGCUGUCGAACUGUCACGGGUCAAGGACCACUACAUCUUUUCUGUGGAAUCAACGGGUGCCUAUGCACCCGACACUCUCGUCACGGAGGCCAUCAAAGUGCUCAUGGCCAAGUGCCAGAUGUUCUUGGAUGAACUGGAACAUGUGCAGGACUCAUGACUGACUGUUUGUGGAUCACAUUACAGCUGGGGAUGUUUGUCCCUAUCUAUCAUCGAGGGUCGUUGGUUGUAAUAAACAAGGACUGGUACCCAAUGCCUAAAAAAUGUCUG